CUCACCAAUACACACAUUGGACAAAUGAAGACAUACAUCGACUCAGUCGGACUCACUUGUCCGUCCCACCAACCAACACAUGAUCAUCGAGUGUCCACACCCCUACAUCACCACAGCCGCACACCACACAGCACACACACGUCCAAGGCAGGCAACAUACAACGGAUUGCGCUACAUGGAUCGAUCAACCCGAUAUCACGUACGCACACAAAGGUAUACAAAUAGGGAUAAUAUGCACACAGAAGGACUUCCUUGUGGUCGAUCUCGAAAAACCACUGGCUGUCUCGAUUGCUUUCGUCCACGUGCGACAAAACGGCAAGAAAGAUCGCACAUCCAUCGGCAUGCAUCUCACAGGUCUCAUACGCCUCUCCACACACACAUACACACAUAUACAUACACUACAAUGCGUCGACUACGGUAAAAAGCACCGACACACUUGCAUGGCCUAGGGUCAAGACAGGUCAGCCAAGCGCACCGCAGCUCGCUCAGAGGUCCUGACGGGCUUUCGUGGGCUUGGCCUUAUAUGACCGGAUGAGGCGCUCCACGCUUGUGUGGCCCUGAGAAACCAAGGGCCCGACACAUGCGCCCAUAUGUGCACGCGUGUCUCUGCCUUGUUCCUCACCCAAACGGCAGCUAACUGGGCUGCUGUGAGAGGUGACGUGGGUGGCGUGGAAACGAUCGUGGGGUCGGCCCCCGCCUGCAGCAAUAUCGACGCGAUGUUGUAGUUGCCCCUGAAUGACCAAGCAUUCAUCUGUCCCAAGUGAAUCCCUCUCUGCGCUGUCUGUCUGUCUGUCUGUCCGUCAACCGCGCCAUGUGAGUGUAAAUGUGAGUGUGUAUGCGCACACCUGAAGGCCGCGCCGUGUAGAGCGGUCUGGCCCCCGUGAUUCUUGUUGUCCACGUCGGCGCCGUUGGCAAGGGCAAAACGGAUGAUGCGCUCGUAGCGAGGCAUGCACUCGGCCACAUCAGGAGGGUCAGCACCGGCUUUAGCACUCAGGCCCGGCCUGUACACGCACGCGCAGUCGGCAGCAAUGGCGAGAGAGGCCUCCCCGGUAUCUUCGGUGAGGGCGUUGAUGUCCGCCCCGCUCUCGACGAGAAGCUCGAAGCACGUAGGGCGGCCCUGAGAGAGACAGCAGCCAAGUGAUAGAGGGCCUCCCCUGUCUGCCUCUGUGUGUUUCCCUCUCUCAUUGGUCGGUGACUCACGUGUUCUGCCGCCUGGUGAAGAGGAGUGGUUUUUCCGCAUUGGGAUUUCCUCGCCGAUACGUCCGCUCCUGACCACGAUAUGCGCACACAUGUGGCGCAAUGGUGAGUGCCGAUAAUGGUGUCAUCCUCCCUUCUCUCCCUGACGUGCACACCAUUAUCAACGAGUAGCCGCACCACCUCCACGUUAUCGCCGAACUCGACAGCCUCGUGAAGAGGUGUCAUGCCAUCUCCCGUCCGUGUGUGCACAUCCGCCCCGCCAUCCUCAAUCAGCAUCUUGACCACACCAGCGUUGCCGGCAGCAGCCGCGAAGUGCAGAGCCGUCCUGUGCCAGUCACCGCCCUUCUACUCGAUGUCUGUGGUGAGGGGCAGCAGCACCUUGGCCACGUCAGUGGCGUUGUUCUUGGCACAGGCGGCAUACAUCAGCGGCGUCAUGUCGUGG